AUGGGAUCCGUCCGUGAAGAAAUUUGGACAUAUGGUGUGGUAAAGAUCACCUAUACACUUGUGAUUUCUAGAUCACGCUCUUCACAGAACGUUGUUAAAUGGCUUUUAAAUUCUUUAUUAGAGUUGGCGAGGCGUUCCAGCGAUUUAUCCACUGGCGUUGGAAAUCAAG